AUGGUCCUGCCAUUGCGUGGCUUGGGGACCCGACGGUCGGUUUCACCGUGUGGCGACGUACAGGGUGUCCACGGCCCUUCUCAGUCGACGUCUACCUUGGCAUGCUUAUCGACAUCACUGACAGAGAACUUCACGACUGAGAGCACCUCACGAUGCUCAGCUGUCACCCUUGGUGGUGGGGAUGUCAUCCGCACGAAUCGCGACUCAGAACCGGUAGUGACGCGCUCGUUCCCUCUCUCUCCCAAAUCGGAUUAUUCUCCCUCGAGUUCAACUCACCUCGAAGUCAGCUCUAGCGAGGAUACAUACUAUCGACAACACGUGCAGAAGACUGUUCGUCGGCAGACAGAAGUAUGCCGACACCACCUAGCUCGCCCACCUUUCAAGCUCCGCGAAGUCGAUAUAAACGCUGUUCUUGCAUACACGUCAGCUCGCCUAGUACCCGAGGCCCAGUCGGUCACAUUGCCUAACUGCCUAUUUACCAGUCCUAAGGUCCGACGUUAUGAGGAAAUAGACUCUGAUGGUGACCCACAUUCCGUCACUCUGGGACGUUCUCAUCCGAGAAAGGUUCGACGAGUCGAACGCCAUACCGAUAUACGUCGCUCUACCAGACAACUUAUAUCCAAGCUCAAACAACAACAUGUCUGCGCGGUGCACCUUCGGGAGAACAACGAGCCGGGACUCUGCUUCGUGUCACCUUCAGGUAUCCAUAUUCAUCUCGAGGACGACCACCUUACUAUCUGGGCAUCGGCUUUGCUCGCAGACGAAGACUGCACGAUUUCCGUGCCUCCGAAGAGUACGGGUCUGAUGGAUACGCCAGGCAGUGUACGCAGUGCUACACAUUCUCGCAGUACGGGUCUGCUCGACACUCCAUUUGGCGGCAGACCAUCUGACCCUUCCGCCUUCUACGCGAUGCAGACGGAAUACAAUCUACCUCCGCGUAUUCGCUCUACCGAGGAUGCUUUGAACAUACCGCUUACGUCUACCCCAUCUACCCCUGUCAAAGCAAAGACGGCUUUCGUUUUUACUUCGCCGGACAUCACACCGAACGACAACGUUCGUCGCUUGCUGGCUGACUUUGCACAGCACAGAGGUAUCGAUAUACAAUCAGAGUUGCCUGUCAUAGAGGACCAGGGCCUUGGGCCGCAGUCCAUCUUGGCGUGGAGCAAAAAGACCCUUUCGAGACUAACUGGAAUUAGCGAGGAGCUCGUGGUUGAGCUACAGGCUUUCUGUGGCGAGUGGAUUGACGGACUACAAAGAAAGAGAGGACUCUUGUAG